AUGGAGUGCAGUAGUUGCAGCAGCAGAAGCUCAUCUUCUUCUUUACUACUUCCGGCUAGACCUUCUUCUUUUCGCGUCCCUCACUCUCUCGUUCCUUCCAAGCUCAGACCAUCAAAAUCAAAGCUACAUCAGCGUCUAAGCGUCACGAGAGCUUGCGGCCAGGAUCGCAAUGACUCUGUUGAUGGGUUUUCCAUCCUCCCCAGCAAGCUUUUCUCGCAGGAGGCUAUUGGAGCUGAAUAUGGAGAAGGUUUCGAAACAUUCAGACAGGAUGGACCUAUGAAGGUUGAUGUGGAUUUUCUGAAUGAGAGACUGCAAGAAGGUUUUCUAAAACGGAUACGUUAUGCCAUGAAGCCAGACGAAGCGUAUGGUCUUAUCUUCUCUUGGGAUAAUGUUGUGACAGAUACUCGAACUAUGAAGAUGAAGAUAUGGAAGCAGCUUGCUUCUGAAGAGGGAAAGGAAAUACCUGAAGAUGAACAUGUGCAAAGACUGAUGCUAUAUGCAGGUGCUGACCAUGUAUUGCGUAAGGUAUUACUGUGGGAGUUGUCAGAAAGUGAAUUGGAGAGGUUAAAGUCAAGGCUGUCUCAGUUAUAUGUGGACCAUCUUGUUAAACUCAGGAAACCGAUUGGUGGUCUUCGAGAGUGGCUGGAUGCUGUGUCUAGAUCUGGCAUCCCUUGUGCUGUGGUUUCAAGUCUUGACCGGAUCAGCAUGGUUGAAGCCUUAGACCGCUUGGAGCUCAAGAAGUAUUUUCAGGCAGUAGUGUCGGAGGAAGAUGGCAUGGAGUCAAUAGCCCACAGAUUUCUUUCUGCAGCUGUCAAGCUAGAUAGGAAACCAUCAAAAUGUGUGGUAUUUGAGGAUGAUCCCAGAGGAGUUACUGCUGCACACAACUGUACUAUGAUGGCUGUGGCAUUAAUUGGCGUCCACCCUGCGUAUGAACUGGUGCAGGCUGAUCUUACAGUGGCGAGCUAUAAUGAUCUGUCAGUAAUCAACCUCCGUAGGUUAUUUGCCAACAAAGGUUCGACAUUUAUGGACAUGGAAAAGCAGAGCAUAGAGAAGUCUCCACCCAAAAGAAAGCUAAGCAUUGACACCAUUUUCUGA